UCUUUCAGCUUCCUCGCGCUGAGGUUGAGCGAGCCCGAGCCCGCCGCCUCUUCCAGCGCGCGCUCCACGCCGCGGCUCGCGCCCACUACUCUCGGCGCCACCGCGCCGGACACCACCUCCAUGAUCGCCUUCAACCGGAAGUCAACAAGAGCGACGAGGCUCAGAGAAACGUCCCUAAAGAAACCGCGCGCGCGGGAGCCCAGUCCUCCGCCGUCCUGCUGCACGCGACUGCGCAGUCUUUUCUACUAACCGACGGCGCUCGCACCGAGGGAAGUGAGAUGAGGAUUUGGUCUCGCGCGCCCUCUGCCGGUCACGUCCUGUAACUUCAGUGUAAACCACCGAGCGGGGCUGCGCCGAAGCUUUCGGCCAUUAACUAAUAAACCGCGCCCUCUGCUGGACACAAGGUUAUCUCAGCGUUGCUGGAAACGUUCCCUGAAACAUCGUGGGUCACCGCAAAGUUCCAGCGACACUGAAAUUGCUUACACCUGAACAUUUGGAGAACAUUCUCCAUGGUUUACCACAAACAGAGUCCCUGAGAGGUUUGAGUUAUCUGGAAGUCAUGGAAACGUUGGGCGAACGUUCCAAAACCAUCAAGGUUUACCGCAUCCCAGAUUACCAGAACGUUCUCAACAGUUCACCGUGAGGUUUCGGAGAGAUUCGGAACCAAACCAAGUCCAGCUUGCCAGAGGGCACAUGAAGACGUGGUGUGUGAAGGUUGGAAUGAAGAACUCGAGUGUCCUGCACAGAGCCCUGACUGAACUCAACCCCACUGAACACCUUUGGGUUGAACUGGAGCCUCAACUUCCCAAUAUCAGUGUCUGAUCUCAGUAAUGAGCACAAAUCCCCACAAAAUCUAGUGGAAAGCCUUCACAGAAGAGUGGAACUCAUUAUAACAGGAAAGAUUAUUAUAACAGCAUAUGGGUGUAGAUUUUAGCAUUUCCAUCUGACUAAACUCUUUUCAAGACAACAUUAUCAACGAUAACAGUAUUGUGUGUGUGUGUGUGUGUGUGUAUUCAGUGAUUAGUUUCUUUGUCUUCCACAAAACACCAGAUCACACUGACUGACUGUAGUCAGAUAAUUAUAGAUUAAUUUCUCACUUUAGAAAAUAGCUUACAUACUGAAACUGAAAUUUCUGAAAGCCUGCACAGCUUCCUCUUUUUUUUUUUUUUUUACUCAGCAAGUGAAGACACCAUCAGCACACAACAAUCAUGAAGUCUUUGUUCCACAGUGAUUUCACAUUACGUACUUGCUGGCUCUCCAUUACUCUGAGCUGCCAAUGAUACAACAAAAUUCAGACAGUAAUCAGAAACGAAAUGAUUCAUUCAUGGAACAUCAUUAAAGCAGCUGUUAUCGGCAUCACACAGGAAGCUGAACCCAAAACGCUUCAGAAUGAGUCUUUCGGACUCUUUCCCUCAGUUUAAUGGCUGUGGUUCUGCCAAUCUCAUGAUGCGAGUAGAAAAUCAAAUUGUGGAAGGUGACCAGGGAAAACCUGUAUUUGGAAACAUCCCAGAUGGACAAGGCUCCAUUUCCGGAGAAUCUGAUGAUGAAGAAUGGUAUCACCUACCCAGGAGCAGUCCUGUCAUAUCCCGCCGUCAAAAGAAGAAAAUGACAAAACUUCCUUCCUCAAAUAAUAGUUUUUUCCAUGAACAAUCCAAUGAAAAUGUUCAAAAGGAGGUUGGACCUCCCUCUGUUUCAAAACCACUCCAGAACAUUUUACCAGAAGAACAAACUUCUUCAGCUCGGAAGAUUUUUCAAGUUUUGCUUUCGGAUACACAUUGUGUUCCAGCAGCUAUCAAGGAUGGAAAAUGUUUCGACAAGCAAAGAAACGUCUCUCGUGGAGCUUCAGAGUCCCAAUCUUCUUCAUGUGAGGAAAGUGAUCUUCGGAACACUGCUGGAGAAUCACAACUGGAGAGAAGAACUGUAACCUGGUUAAACAAAAGUCUCAUCUCCGGUGAAAAAGGAGCUGAGCACGAAGAGCAAAUCUGUGAAGCUUUCUACAGGAACAGUGUGGACCUCGACCAGGAGAAUGCUCACUUUGUAGUGGUGGAUAUGGUGCUGGAGGUUCUAGAGGCAGCAAAGUGGGCUAUGUCCCAAAAACACUCUGACUCCUUUUCCUCGACUGACAGCGGUUAUGAAGAACUCUGUGACCAUCGAUUUUCUUCAAACAGAAUUUCCCAGACCUUAACGCGCAGAUGUUCAGCAGAAAGUCUCGCACAGACCCUGCUCCAGGAACUUGAGAGGUGUUGGAUUUCCUCAGAAGAGCUUCGAGGGGAAUUUCCCCUGGCUACUGUCUCUAUGGCAUCAGGAGGCGGAGCCAGCUUGAGUAAUGAGAUUCGUCAGAAGAGCCGAAUGAGAGGAACCCUGAUGUGGACUCCACCCCAAUUUCAGAUAAUAACCAGUGUGAAUCCAACACAGAGGCGCAGCGACGUCGUUGCCUCUCAGCACUUCCUUUGUGCUGGCUGUGGGACAGAAAUUGAGCCGCGUUACAUGAAGAGGUUGCGAUACUGUGACUACCUGGGCAAGUAUUUUUGUGAUGGUUGCCAUGGAGGUGGUGAAGCCAUAAUCCCGGCGCGUGUUUUGAGCCGCUGGGAUUUUGGACGAUACCCAGUGUGCCAGUUUUCCAAGCAGUUACUGGAGUCCAUUUGGGAAAAACCAUGUUUUAAUAUCAUCAGUGUAGCCAAGACCCUGUACUCCCAGGCCAAGGAGCUGCAGAAAUUCAAGGAGAUCCAGGAACAGCUGAUCUCCAUUAAGAAGCUGCUAAGAACAUGCAGACUAUCUGAAGGCCUGUGGCGACAGUGGCAAGGAAAAACUCCCUCUGACAACAUAAGGAAGAAACCUCAAGAGGAACCAGACUCAAAAGGGAACGCAUCCUCAUCUAGGGUCCUGACUGAGUUCCAGCAGCUUCCAUCCCACCUGAGUGAGGAGCUCCACCUUUUCGCCAUGGAUGACCUUGUCAAGAUCAAAAGAGGUCAACUUCUUACUACGACAAAGGCAGUGAUGCAAUCUGCAACACACCACGUGAAGACUUGUGAGCUGUGCCAGGCCAAAGGCUUUGUCUGUGAGUUCUGUCGUGGAAAGGAUAUUCUCUUCCCCUUCCAAACAGAUAUCUGCACACGCUGCCAAGAGUGUAGAGCUUGUUUCCACAGUUCGUGUUUCCGAGAUAAAGUGUGUCCUAAAUGCAUCCGACUCCAAACCAGAAGAGCUUCCAUGAGAUGAACUUAGGAAGUAAUAAUAAUAAAGAUUAAAGCAUCAUGAAUUGCUGCUCAUUGACUUCCAAAUUUACAGCAAAAACCUCACUGAAGUUUUACUUUUGACCAGCACUGGAUGCUAUUAUCUUCUUUUAAUAACUUGGAGAAGGCCUGACAUUUCAUGAAACUUUUUUUCUUUUCUUUCUGUAUAUGACUGAAUACUGUGUAUUCCUACACAAAAUGCCAUGCAUUCAAAUAAAAUUGUG